AAGGAGAGAGAAGACUCUAUUGACUUCUAGUAACUCUGGGAGUCAGGGCAUCUCCGUUUGCCCCCGGGUCCCGACUCCAGCCUCUCCUCGCCGGUGCCGGAGGAGAGGAGUUCAGGGAGGGCAGGCCUGCUCCGUCGAAGCCGCGCUACCUGCAAGGCGAAGAUCAGAGUUUAGACGUCCUCGUGUUUCUGGUGGAGAGACCUGAUACAACUGCGAAGACUGAGGUUCCACUGAAGAAGUUAGGUUUGAGCAACCUGAUCACAGAGAAUGUCUGAGUUCCUGGAGCUCGAGGCCCAGGAUGGGAUAAGGAUGACUUGGAAUGUGAUCCCUGGCACGAAGCAGGAUGCUGCUAGCUGCGUUGUCCCUGUUUCUGCCCUAUAUACUCCUCUCUACCCAAACCCCGCAAUUCCUGUUCUUCCAUAUGCCCCUCUCCGCUGCCGGAUUUGCCGUUCCAUCCUCAACUCCUUCUCGGUUGUCGACUUUGAUUCCAAAAUUUGGCAAUGCCCAUUCUGCUUUCAGCGCAACCACUUUCCCCAGCACUACUCUACUGUUUCGGCAAGCAACCUACCUACCGAACUGUAUCCUCAAUGUACUACUGUUGAGUACAUGGCCACUGCCGAAGCAGGCCCCGUAUCACCACCAGUCUUCCUUUUUGUUGUUGAUACUUGCAUGAUUGAGGAGGAAAUUGGUUAUUUGAAGUCUGCCCUAGCGCAAGCGGUUGAGCUAUUGCCUGACCAAUCCCUUGUCGGAUUAAUUACUUUUGGGACAUAUGUACAGGUUCAUGAAUUGGGUUUUGGCUUGUUGCCUAAGUCAUAUGUGUUCAAUGGGACAAAGGAGGUUACAAAGGAUCAAAUUCUUGAGCAAAUGGGUUUCUUUGCAGGGAAGAAAAAACCAACAACAGGUGUGAUCGCUGGCGCAAGGGAUGGACUUUCAGCAGAAAGCAUUGCUAGGUUCUUGUUGCCUGCUUCUGAGUGCGAGUUUAUGUUGAAUUCAGUUAUAGAAGAGCUGCAAAAGGACCCUUGGCCCGUUUCUGCUGAUCAGCGUGCAUCAAGAUGUACCGGAGCUGCAUUAAGUGUCGCAGCUGGUCUCUUGGGGGUUUGUGUGCCUGGAUCAGGUGCUAGAAUUAUGGCGUUUAUAGGUGGUCCAUCUACAGAGGGACCUGGUUCUAUAAUAUCUAAGCCCUUAUCAGAGCCAAUUCGUUCACACAAAGACCUUGAUAAAGGUUCUGUUGCACUUUACAACAAAGCGGUUAAGUUCUAUGAGGAGAUUGCGAAGCAACUUGUGCAUCAAGGCCAUGUGCUUGAUUUAUUUGCCUGUGCACUCGACCAGGUUGGUGUUGCUGAGAUGAAGGUUGCAGUGGAGAGAACCGGGGGAAUAGUCGUGCUUGCAGAAAGUUUUGGCCACUCUGUUUUUAAAGAUUCACUUAGACGCAUUUUUCAGUCGGGCGAUAAUGACCUUGGCUUAUGUUUCAACGGCAUAUUUGAGAUCAACUGCUCAAAGGAUGUCAAAAUUCAAGGCAUCAUUGGACCUUGUACUUCCCUGGAGAAGAAAAGUCCUAUAUCCUCAGAUACAGUUGUAGGCCAGGGGAACACUAGCGCUUGGAAGAUGUGUGGUCUCGAUAGGAAAACAUCACUCUGUCUAGUAUUUGAUAUUGCCAAAAAAGAUGGCCCUGAUGCAAUUGGUCAAUCAACAGGCAAUCAGUUCUACUUCCAAUUCUUAACCUAUUAUCAGCAUCAUGAUGGCCAGAUGAGAUUGCGAUCUACUACAGUUUCCAGAAGAUGGGUUGCUGGUUCUGGCAGUGUUCAGGAGCUUCUAACUGGCUUUGAUCAAGAGGCAGCUGCUGCGGUCAUGGCACGCUUGGUCUCAUUUAAGAUGGAAGCUGAGGUUGAUUUUGACCCAGUAAGAUGGCUUGACCGAGCAUUGAUUAGUUUAUGUUCAAAAUUUGGUGACUAUCAGAAGGAGACACCUUCAUCUUUCAGUUUAUCCCCGCGCCUAUCAAUUUUUCCGCAGUUCAUAUUUAAUUUGAGACGUUCUCAGUUUGUUCAGGUUUUCAAUAAUAGUCCAGAUGAAACUGCAUAUUUCAGGAUGAUGUUAAACAGAGAGAACGUAGCUAAUGCAGUUGUGAUGAUCCAGCCUUCACUUAUAUCAUAUUCCUUUCAAUCAGGUCCAGAGCCUGUUCUAUUGGAUGUAACUGCAAUUGCUGCUGACAGAAUCCUUUUGUUAGAUUCUUAUUUUACUGUUGUCAUAUUCCACGGGAUAACUAUCGCGCAGUGGCGAAAGGCGGGUUACCAAGAUCAAGAAGGGCAUGAGGUAUUUGCACAGUUGUUGCAAGCUCCACAGGAGGAAGCUGAUACGAUAAUUAAGGAGCGCUUUCCUGUGCCACGUUUGGUUGUGUGUGAUCAAUAUGGUUCUCAGGCUCGAUUCUUACUGGCAAAGCUUAAUCCAUCUGUGACAUAUGACUCCGCCACUCCGCCACCACCUGGAGGGGAUGUCAUAUUCACAGAUGACGUGAGCUUUCAGGUCUUCAUGGAUCAUCUCCAGCGGCUGGCAGUUCAGUAGAACAUGGUCGUCCAGCAAUUUCGUACCCAAUGGUCUCUUCUGGUGUACAGCAAAGCAAGUUUUUCCGUGUGCAUCACUCUUGGUUAUACAUCUGUAUAUUUUCAUGGGUAUAGGGAGCAGGAGCAAGAUUUUUGUGAGGCUGUGUAACUGGAGUAUCAUACUCCGUAUACAACUUGGGUCCUUGAUUGAUCUUCGCCAACACAAAAAACUAAUACAUCGUGUGAUCAUCGCAUACACGGAAGAAGAUCAAACUGUAUGCUGCACGGGGUAGUUUGUGGUCAUCAGCUGGGUAAAUUCAAGGUAAGAGGACUCUUCUGUGCUUGCUGCGUCGUGGACUGCAUCAGCCUGUUAGCCCAUGUAGGAUCUGUGUUUCUCGUCAUUGGAGAUUAACUGGUCAUUGGAAAUAUAUGUCGAGUACUUUGGUUUUGGGGAAGAACCAGUUACACAUUCCCCGAGCUGAACUGCCUGCUUUUGCGUGCCCUUUGUGGGUUGAUUUUUGAA